GGACAACAUGCGACUUAUUACACAUUGAUACAGCCGCACCGGCGAAUGGGGCACCUACCUCACAUAGCGACUAACAUGGAUUAUCCGUCGAGGUUAGAAAUGAAUUAAUUCCUUACCUGAAGGCUAACAUGCGACUUAUUACACGUUGGUACAGGCGUCGCCGGCGAAUGGGGGGGCCACCUCACGUGGCGACCAACAUCAACUAUCCGUCGAGGUUGGCAAUGAGUUCUUUGCCUAAAGGCCAACAUGUGAUUUAUUACACAUCGGCGUGUCACUGGCGAAUUUCGGUUCAUCCAGGUUAGCUUGGCAUCUCGCAGCACCGAGAUAUACAGGUAUAAAUAUGCCCGUUUCCGCGACGUGAUGGGUAUUACCGUAAACCUAGAGACAAGCUCGAAACCCGUGAAUUAGUAGCAUUAGCUGUUCUGCCUCGCAUAGCUCUAUCAUAAGACCACCUCGCUCUCUAGGACACUCCAAAAUCCUCUUUAUUCCCAAUUUCUCGGCCUCGAUCUCGAUGAAAACUUCGUCUUUAAGCGGAUCUUGCCGAGUCUGUGGCCACACGAACUCGGUUCAUGAACAGGGGCCCUGUGUCGCCAGGGGCUGCCGGAAAAAGAUCAAGGUCUGCGGCGCCACGAUACACUAUAUUCCAACGGAAGAGGACUCCAAUGUUCGUGGCUGGGUCGUCUGCAAGCCUUGCCCUUACCACGGUCGAGAAGGCAGGGGGGUAGACUAUUCUAGCUUCCCUGUCAUUGACAAAGAUGCGGAUGGCAACCUCUACAUUUCCCAGUAUGGUAUUUCUACAUAGAGUUGGAUGAUGGUAUAUUCAGAUCAGUUCUAUACAAUGAUCACUACAAUGAAGACGAGAGGGUUGGAUCUAGGAUAACAAUAGUCC